AACCCAUCAAACAUCCAUCAAUCAAUCCGAUGCACAAGCCAUGUGAACCCCAUUGAAAAAAAAAAUCCAUCGCACAUAUAUUUCACUGUGCGAGUAUAUGAUAGUUAGAAAUGCAGAGCCGUCCAUCAAAAGUUAGGAAGAGCUUUGGCAGGCCAAGGCUAGACGGUCCUGGUGCGGCUACUUUAUCCGAGGAUCGUCGGCAGCAGAUUCGACGGGCCCAGAGAACUUAUAGGCGCAGGAGAGAGGAGACGCUACAAAGCAGCAUUUCACGAAGUCUGGAGUGGGAAGAGCAUGUCCAGAUAAUCACGCGGUCACUCCUCGAAUUUUAUGACGCUGCUUACACUUCCAAGCUCCACGAAACUCAUCCAGCGCUUUUUGCACAUCUUACAAAAUUGCGGAAGAUAUUGCAGUCGGGAUGUGAUCCAAGCAGGCAUCAGGGCGGUUCCGUUGGUACGGUAGCUACUGCGAAAGGUAUACGGGCCGCCUCUACAGAAAUUUCGACUGGCUGGGAAGCAAAAAGCAAGAAACCGAUGGCCAUUACAGCUCUUGGCUAUCAAAUCACGGAGCCAGCCAGCCGUAGUGUCUUAAACAGCGCCGAAAAUAGAUCCCCUAACCUCGGAAUACUGCCAAAAUCGCAAGGGUUUCAGUCACUAGUUUCAACAAAACUGGCAAUGGGUCGUAACGUCGCAAGCACUAUUCAACCUAGUUACAGCUUCCAAGAGACAUCCUUUACUCGAAGACUACAUCGAUAUAGCUUGGAGUAUGCAUUUCGGCUAUUUUGCGAUCCGCGCUCGGAUCCUGGCACAGUUUACCGGACAUUCAGACUAGUGCCAUGCGUACAAGACAAGGCGAAGAUGUACCCAUACUUCAAAAAGCUCGUGAGCUCUGAAAGGGACGAACCUUUGGAGAUAGCCGCCCUGCCGUUCUAUUGCAUAGGAGGUGCUGGCAGGCAUUAUCCGCUCAGCGACGAACACGGAAAUCCCAAAUACCCGUUGAACUCACGGCUCCCUAGACGGCUUAUUGGAUUACCAAAUAUAUCGCUUUAUGGCAGUGAAGCCGAGUUGGAAUCAAAUCGCCAUAGGAUGCUUGAAACACUCUGUCUUGAGGGCGACUGGCUCGAUUGUAGAGACGUGGAAGGAUACCUACGAUCUAAGGGAGCGAUUACGCACAAAUCUUACGAGCAGCCCGAUAAACACAUGGAAAUACACGGAUCUGCGACGACAUAUUCAACUCACAACAGGGUUGAUUAUGCAGUAGAUAUAGACCUUUUUUUGGAAGGCCUAAUUCCUGGGUUUGCUCUUCUGGGCCGGGCUCCAGGCUUUAGACGGUGCAUUGUGGAGGAUGCUUACCAUCGAUCGUUGCAAAAUCAUGUAUAUCCACUGCCUUAGUAUUUGAAAUGAAUUACUUCUCCUUGGCUAUAAAUGAUUCAAGCUAUUUCAUCA